AUGAUGCUCCUCUGGGCCUGUGCAGGAGUGCCAUUAGGGGUGUACAACAUUGUCCAAAAUUUCAACAUUGCAUUGCGCAUCCAGCCGCAGAUUCUGACAUUCCUGAGCCUCGUCACGUGGAUCCAGUGCAAGUACUAUGGGAACAAAUGGCCAUGGCCCAAGUCGGCCGCCAUCAUGACCCCGAUUGCGGCUGUCAUGGGAGGGAUUGAAUGUGGCCUGGUGUUCGCAUUGAGGACGGCGAAGCACAACCACGUAGAAUGGCCUGUUACCUUCAUGGCGGUGUUGUCUGCUUGUUUCCUCUGUGCCGGCGUCCUGCGCCACUACUGGGACAUCUAUACAGAGAGAACAGUCAGGGGCAUCUCGUUUAUCUUUGUUGGAAUCGAUGCGAUGGGCGAUUUGACCUCGUUGAUCUCUGUCUUCUUUCAGCCGGAACUGGAUAUACUAGGAAUGGUCAUCUAUGGAUCAGAACUGGCAUUGUGGCUCGGGGUGUUUGCUUGCGGGGGAUACUGUAAGGAACAACAAUCCCGCGACUGUUUCGCAUGGCAUUAUUUGCUGAUCAUUUCUUGCAGUCAAUCUUCGGCCUUGGCUGCAUAG